AUGGUGAAGAAGAAUGUUAUUGUUCCUCACGGCGACAACGUCAACACCAGGUCUAACACUUCUCUCGACCAUUCCAAGUAUGGUGAACAAGAAGAAGAAGAAGAAGAACAGUCUCUUCUCCUUUCCUCGAACGAUCCUUCAUCUCGAAGGAUAUCCAUCAAGUGUAGCAUAAUCUUAUUAAUGUCCCUUGUGGUGUUUGCGAGUGUGAUUGUAUUGUCUGCCGUUUGGAUCUCAAGUUUACUCCCUUCCAAUAUUCGGUGGAGUAAUAUGGAACGUGAUAAUGAAUUUCGUGAGAUUAUCAAUUCGGUGUCAAGAACUAUUGUGGAUUUGACACAUUCUCAUUAUGUCAUGAGAGGACAAGUCUUGAAACUUUUAGACUUUUCAAAUGCAAGUCAAAUUGAACAGGUGACGUAUCAAACCUAUGUGACAGAAGAUUUGCAAAAUAAUGGACUCGUGCAAACUGUUUACAUUGGAGACGAUCAAUAUAAUGGACUUGGAAUUUACCAUGAUCCAGCUGAGGGACCUUGUUUAUUUAAUUACACUGCCAAUGACCGACAAGAGUUUUACUAUUGUGAUCCUGAUUUCGAGUUGUAUGACUAUUGCAAAAGAAACAACACACCAGACUUGGUGUUGGGUCCGUUUGACGUCUCUAGUUUAGUUGACACUUGUAACGACAAUCCCAAGAAACAAAUAUUUGCAGAAACUUAUGUGGAUGUGACGACUCCAAAUUAUGAUACAUUCAUCACACUACUUUAUUGCUUUUCAAUGAAUAAUAAGACUCGAUUCAAUUACUAUUUGGCAUUUGAUUUCACUGUUGCAAGUUUCUCGAAUUUCUUGGUUCAAGCAACUCAAAAAGUGCAUGGAUCAAAAAGUUUCAUUAUUGAAACAGAGACCAACUAUGUGGUUGCAAUUGAUGAUCCAACGAUUAAAGUGGCCAUCCCUCUUUCAGAUGACACGGUGGAAAGAAAAACAAUUAAAACUCUCAACGAAGACAGAACACGCGAAGUGGUAAAUUUUGUCUUUGCACACGCACAAGAUAAUAUCAGCAAUAUUGAGUGCAACCAGAUUCAAACCUUUGAAGAUGGUUUUGAUUAUAUUUCUCUGUACAGGAUGUGUACGGAAACUAAAAUUGAUUGGUUAUUCGUAAUGGCCAUUCCCAAAUGGAAUUAUUUAGGUACCAUUGUUAUUGGUGUGGUGUCUUCGCUGUGUGGAGCCAUCCUUAUUGUCUUGCUUUCCAUUUUCUUAUCUAUUGCGAUAUCCAUGAAAAUUGUGAAACCCUUUUACAAUCUGAUCGAUCAAUUUACAGCCAUUUCGAGAAUGGAUCUCGAAGGUAUUGAGGUGAAGCCAAGCAAAUUUUACGAAGUCAGAGAAUUGCAAAAACAAUUUCUAGACAUGACUCACAUGAUCAAACUUUAUCGUGCUUUCAUUCCAACUCAUUUGUUGCAACAAUUGGACAAGAAGAAUGCAGAGGAAGAACCUUUUACAACCUCUGAUCAUCAUCAUCAUCAAACAGAAAACAACAAGAAACAACAGCAACAACAACAACAACUAUCGACCCAUUCCUCAACUAAAUCUUCCGUGUCAUCUGUUUCGUUGUCAAGUAGUCGCUCCACACAAAAUACUUCUGUCCAAAAGCAGCAUCAUUCACGAAAUCCUUUAAACAUGUUCUCCUUGUACUUGGAAAAGAAAAAAGUGACUCUCCUCCACAUGGUAUUCGAUGGUUUCUCAGAUGUUCUUUCAAGAAUGGAAAAUCCAAAUGAUUGUAUUCACAUGUUGUCCGAUGUGUUUGAUCAGGUCCAUACAAUAUCGAAAAUCACUGGAGGAUUGCUUGGUCACUUUGAAAACGACUCCUUCAUGAUGUCUUUUAAUUCUUCCAUUCAGCAUGCAAAUCAUCAAGAAAAGGGUGUUUUGGCUUCAAAACUAUUACUGGAAAGAAUAGAGUCUCUCAAAACCAAGAAAUGGUUGUCCCAUAUGAAGAAUGAUGAACUAUUGACCUUAAUAGAAGCCUUAAAAAUUAGAAUUGCACUCACUCAACAGGAAUGCCUUGUAGGAAAUGUGGGAACUCGUGACCUCAAGACCUUUAGUAUUAUUUCAAGUGCAAAAUAUAAUUUAGAGGCCAUGGUUAAAAAAGCUCAUCAAUUAGAUAUUUCAAUCAUAGUUAGUGAGGGCAUUCAACACAAAACCCACUGCCAAUAUCAUUCACGUUAUGUGGGAGAUAUUCAUUUAGUUUCUGACCAUGAGUAUUCAUCCAUGCACUUGGGAAGAAGUGAAAACAUUCCACAAAAAUUGUAUGAAAUUGGUGAUAGUACAAACCAAGAAGCAGAUGAAUGGAUGUACGAGUUGGAAAAUCAAAAGAAAAAGCAAAAGUGGCAAAAGUACAAUCAAGCCUGUCAAUUAUUGUUUGAAAAACAAUACCAUUCUGCUUUAAAUCUGUUUCUAGAGUUCAGUAAUGAAAAUCAAGGAAACGACAAACCAUGCUUGGAAAUGAUUGAACUCUGUCAACAUCAUAUUCACAAAGCUCCGUUUUCCACCAUGAGAUAA